GCCCCUUAUUUCUCUGCUGCACAAUAAAUCCGCCGAAUGAUCCUGUGGAACCGCAAGUCCCCAGCAGGUGUCGCUGUUGUACAAUGAGAAGAUCCGGGCGCCAUUCGCCUGAAUCCGAAUCCAUCUGGGGAUAUGAGACGUCGCGUUUGUCUCCUAAACAUGUGACUCACAAUCCCAAUCUUAUCUGUUCUAUUUCGGCUCCGCAGCCCGGGAUUGUGUUGGGAAAGCGCAUUGGGCUCAGCAAUUAAUGUCCCCACAAAUCCAACCCAGGAAGGUCCGUCUCUCUAACAAAAAUGAAUCGCCCUGUAACAUUUUGAGAGUGAAGCAGAUUUGCAGGGUAGGAAGAGGCGUGUUUAUAGCUGACCAAUCACAGGGAGGCAGCGCCAAUAAAUAUCGAGUACAGGAGACGAGCGACACCAGUGAAGCUUUUUGCUUUAGUUGAUCGCAAUGGCUCGUACCAAGCAGACCGCCCGCAAAUCCACCGGAGGAAAAGCUCCCCGCAAGCAGCUGGCCACCAAGGCAGCCAGGAAGAGCGCUCCUGCUACCGGCGGAGUCAAGAAACCUCACCGGUACCGGCCCGGCACAGUCGCUCUCCGCGAGAUCCGCCGCUAUCAGAAAUCCACCGAGCUGCUCAUCCGCAAACUGCCUUUCCAGCGCCUGGUCCGGGAGAUCGCUCAGGACUUCAAGACCGACCUGCGCUUCCAGAGUUCAGCCGUCAUGGCUCUGCAGGAAGCCAGCGAGGCUUAUCUGGUCGGUUUGUUUGAGGAUACCAACCUGUGCGCCAUCCACGCCAAGAGGGUCACCAUCAUGCCCAAGGACAUCCAGCUGGCCCGCAGGAUCCGAGGCGAGAGGGCUUAGAUACAGCUACCACUUCUCAUACGACAACACAAAGGUUCUUUUCAGAGCCAC